ACCCCAGCGGAAGGCAGUGUCGAGCAGCAGCUCGGCAACUACCAGCGUAAGCUGGUCACUGUUCGGCGCAUCGCGGACGUGACUCCAAUCAACAAGGGCCACAGUGUCGUGACCAUCGACGGCUGGAAGGUGGUGGUUCCGAAGGCCGAGAAGUUCGCCAAGGACGAUCUUGUCCUCUUCUUCGAGGUGGACUCUUUCCUCCCUGCGGCCUCCAAGUAUGAGAGUCUCUUUGCUCAGGUCGGACCGCUUGUCACGUUUGACGACGAAGAGGGCUACCGGGUGGGCACGUCGACCUGGACCGAUUGGGACAAGAAUAAGAUCAUCUCGCAGGGCCACGUCUACCACCUCUACAAGUUCCCGGACAUUGACGAGAAGAUUCGCAAGCUGCACUGGGAGCACAUCGAGCUCAACGACGACCAGUUCGUAGAGCUCAUCCGCCCUAUCGACUUUACCGCCGAGCUCGGCGUCAAGAAGUGGGUGAGCUUCCCGGAGAAUGGCGAGGACAUCAACGGCGUGCCGACGACCAACCCCAAGACGCCGCCCUUCAUCCCCAAGACGGACAUGGAGCGCGUCCAGAACUGCCCCAACCUAUUCAUCAAACCCAAGUACCGCUAUAUGACCUACCAGGAAUCCCUCAAAAUGGACGGCGCGGGCAUGACCGUCUACUUCGUCACGCCGGACUCGCCCUUCUACUCCAUGCUCCCAGCCUUGCCCACCCCGUCCCCUGCCAACGCCCACACCAUGCUCCAGCACGCGGUGCACCCGACGGGCCGGCUGGGCGUGUGCACGCGCAACCAGGACCUGCUCCCGCACCUGCUGCCCUCACGCACCGCACCAGCGCUGCACACGACCUGCUGGACCGCGGCGGUCGCCGCCAACCUGCACCGCAGCCUGCCGGCGCUGGGCCAGAACAUCGCGAUCCAAGCGGAGCUGGUGGGGCCCAGCAUCCAGGGCAAUCCGUACGGGUACGCGGCGGACGCGGCGCACGAGCUGUUCGUGUUCGCGGUGGUCGACCUGGCGGCCGGGCGGCGCUGGCACCCGCGCCGCGCGCACGCCUUCGCCGUCGGCCACCUCGGCCUCAAGCACGUCCCCGUGCUGGGCUACCACACGAUCCCCGCGCUGGCGCGCCACCACCAGGACCUGAUCGACCGCGCCGAGCUGAAGCGCGGCGAGGGGCUCGUGUUCAAGAACUGCGACGACGGCCGCUGGUUCAAGGUGCUCUCGUCCCGCUGGAUUCUGCAGAAGGGG